UUUAAUUUUUCUACUUUUCGCUCUCUUUCUUUAUCUUUAUCUCUUAUCUCCUUCUAAUCGUUCCCAAGAAUUCCCGACUUCUGAGGGCACGAAGGACGGAAGGAGAGAAACCAUCGCUAUAUAAACCGAGUUUUCGUUAAAAGCUAUGCUCGAGUUCGGCUCUUUCUCGUCUGAAAAGUUACAGCCAUCGAUUUCACUCUUGGCGUAACGAUGGAAGAUUGAUACCCAUUCACGUAGCUUCCAAAUUUGCCAAAGUGUGCGGAGACCUUAUGCUUCCUGACUGACAUUUUGGAUGAUGGACUCUGUUAAACUUAUUCACAAUGAAGAGUUACUAAUUUGCAAUAAAGAGUGUACUGCAGAGAUAUGCAAUGAUCAAAUAACUUCUACAGGAGAUCCACUAGUUCUUCCUCGUUUAGGAGAUCAAUAUCAGGUUCGAAUUCCAUCCCUGAUCACAGAAUUUGAACAUGAUCAGCUGCAAGAUAGGCCAAUAAAAGGUGAUGACAUACUUGGUGUAGACUAUUCCAGUCAAAACAGUUUACCCAUCCCAAUUAUGUGGGUUAAUUAUGGAGGUGGUAAUAUCAAACAUGAGCAGCAAGAUUAUCCUGGCACCACAAGUUGUAGUAAAAGAGCUGGGCCAGGGGACUUGAUAUGUAAAGUUGAUAGUGGAAUUAAUCCCAAAUGCAGCGUAACAAGUGGAUUUCCACCUUACUGUUCAAACAGUUGCAGUACAUUUUCUCAAGGUGCAAAACCUGAACAUCCAAAUAACUCCUUAGAACAUGGUAAAGAACUUUUUAGAUCCACAAGCCAGGAAGACAUGAACCCAUAUAAUCAGAUGUAUUUUGGUUUACGGUGGACUGGUGAAGGUUGCAAUCCAGUGCCUGAUUUACCAUUUAUCUCUUGGACUGAUGCUGAAGUGCAGAGUUUUCUCCUUGGUCUCUACAUUUUCGGGAAAAAUCUUGUUCAGGUGACAAAAUUUAUGGAGAGCAGAAGUAUGGGCGAGAUAUUAUCAUUCUAUUAUGGGAAAUUUUAUAGGUCUGACGCAUACCGCAGAUGGUCAGAGUGCCGAAAGAUGAGAAGCAGGCGAUAUAUAUACGGGCAGCGAAUUUUUACAGGCUGGAGACAGCAAGAACUAUUAUCACGUUUGGUGCCAGUCAUAUCUGUGGAAGUUCAACAUAAUUUGCUGGAGGUUAUCAAGACCUUCAGUGAGGGAAGGGUUUCUUUGGAGGAAUUUGUCUUAAAUUUAAAGGCCUUGGUUGGUAUGGAAGUUCUUGUAGAAGCUAUAGGAAUUGGUAAGGGAAAGCAUGACCUGACUGGAUUUGUAUCAGAUCCAGUUAGAGCAAAUCCAGUUAACCCUAUCCUACCAAUUGGCAAAGCUUUCUCAUCUCUUACAAAUGAAGACAUCAUCAAGUUUCUAACAGGAGGUUUCAGGCUAAGCAAAGCAAGGUCCAAUGACAUUUUCUGGGAAGCUGUUUGGCCCCGUUUACUUGCAAGAGGGUGGCACUCUGAGCAGCCCAGGGGUCAUAGUUCUGUUGGUUCCAAAAAUGCUUUGGUAUUUCUCGUCCCUGGUAUCAACAUGUUCUCAAGGAGAAAACUUGUGAAGGGAAACCACUAUUUUGAUUCUGUCACUGAUGUCUUGAAUAAAGUUGUAGCAGACCCAAGGCUUCUUGAGCUAGAGGCUGAAGGAGCUAAAGGAAGUGACAGCACUGAAGACAAAUUUCAAUGGGAUGUAAACACCAAAUUGGACCAAACUUGUAUGUUUGAUCAUCAGCGUCAACGGUAUCUGCAUCCAAGACUUCCAGGUAUUAAUUCGGAACUUAUGAAAUUCACUGUUGUGGAUACCAGUCUUAUUGAAGGUGAGACACAAUCCAAGGUUCGAGAACUGCGGAGCUUACCUGUGGAUGCUGUUUGUAGCUAUGGUCCUAUUAAUCAGACAGGAGAAACAUAUGGUAAUAGCUCAGUGGAGCAGCCAGAUUCAUCUGAUACAUCAUCUAAUGAUCAAGGGGGUUCCAAUCAAGGCAUCUCUAAUGACAAGAAUUCGGGGAAUGGAAGGUGCAACUUUGAAAGGGGUAUGCUGUCUGACCUAUCGGAUUGUUUGUUUACUGUCUCGGAGCUAAAAAUUUCAGCAGAUGGACAUGAUAUCAAUGAACAGUACCAUGUUCCAUUUAGUGAUAAGAAUCCAGUGAAGGAUAUAAAGUGUCAGUACAAUCGCAGGGUAAAAUCUAGCCAAAGAAGCUAUAUAGCCCCUGCUUCAAAGCGACAGAAGUCAACUUCCUGUGACCAUGUAGAAACCGGUUUUGGCCUUGACGGUUUUCUAAAAAGCCAUCGGUCAAAGGAGGAGGAUCAUUGUCAACUGAAAUCACAUGAUGCAGGUGAAAGCAACCAUGCUGAGACUGGCAUAUGUCAGGGGAAGAUACCUGCUGGCCCAGAGGAUAGCAGUGAGUGCAUCUGCGGCAGAAACCGUGCUGGUUCUGGUGCUGUUAGCAUGGCAGGCAUCUUUCUGGAAGAUCCUCAACCACGAACUUUCAUCGACCUUAACCUCCCUCAUUUCCCUCCAUAUUUUGAAACUGAGGCCUGCCGAGCAGAGGUUACAUGCGGCCAGGGGGAUUCAAAUCCAAAGGAAUCUUCAUUGCCGCUAGAAGAAAGGCAGCAGGGUGAUGAUUCCUCCACACUGGAGAUUAACAACAAGUCUAGCAAGCAGGAUCCUACCUUGAGCUCCCGAAGGCAGAGCACUAGAAACCGACCACCUACUACAAAAGCACUAGAAGCUCUUGCUUGUGGAUUCCUUAGCACAAAGCGCAAGGGGAGGGGUACAAAGGCCUCUGCAUCAAGUAAUUUGGCAUCCAGAUUGUCACGCCAUGCGCAAAAAUCUGUUGGAGCUCCUCGCUCUGCUCCUUAUCCCGAUACCAUUACCCCUAACAUUACAGCCUCUAAUGAUGGUAAUGGUCAAGAGUAUGACAUUCACAAAAGCCACGCAAGCAUUUUCAGGAGGACCUUUAUUCAGCCUGAGAGGAAAGAGACUCGGGAGUUACUUGGCAUACUUUGAGUCCAUAAAUGUCGUGGUGGAGGUUGAGGGGGUGGCGGGGGGAGGUGUUGUUAGAAUGGUCCACCGCUUGCUUGAAAGUCUCAAGGCUCUUGUUAUACAUCAUGGAAUGCCUCUUGGACCUGCCGUUCUGAUGUUAUACGGCAAGUCAUUGGUGAGGUUACAAGGAUAUUCUGUUCAUAACUGCAGUUUUGAAGUAAUCUGGUGUCUCAGCAGAUUCACUGUUCCUAAGGUCUUCAGAUCAUCAUUUGAGUAAGUCUUUCAAUUUAAAAAGGACCACUGAUUAUCAAACAGUUCAUCUGUUCACUUGACAGAUUCUUCAGCUUCCUGUCAGCUAACUUAAAAGUGAAAUUCAUCUGUUCAUGAUCAUGAGUCUUGAUCAAAUAAAUUGCAAAGCAAUAGUGGCAACCUUUUUGAGGAAACUCAUGCACCACUGUGAAAGCAAGCUCCCUGAGAAGGGCUCUGACCACAAAUCUGAAGAAACUUAUCAACUUGUUGACUUAAAUUGAUUAUAUGACUGCAGAAAUUUUAUGGGAAUAUGCUCUACUUUAUAAGUUAGCAAUUGCAUUUAUAUUCAACCAUGUACGAAUAUUUAGUUAACGUAAGGUGGCAACAUUCUUAUCUGGAUGACUCGAUUAUAUUACCAGAGCUGGAUCACCUCCUUUCAGCAGGGGGGCUAAAUCUUCAUAUUUGUGUAUGUUGAAGCCUCCAAACUUAAAGGGGUUGAUUCUCUUUCUUUUACAUCUUGCCUUUGAUCAGUGCAUGGUGGGAUUGGUCAAAGGCUCCCUUGUGUGCUAUAUAUCUCAGGUUUAUGAAUAACUCUUUACUAUUCCUGUUUCUCAAUUUAUAGGAUGCUUCUCUUUUCUGACCAAAAUGACAAAAUCUACAUUAAGUAGGUUUAUUUUCA